AUGGUGUUCCAGGGUAAGGCUGACGCGGCUAUGGUGGUGUGGGAGAGGGCGCAGACACUCAGCAACGACUUUAGAAUUUUUAACAUGACCGAGCCUCCUGCAAUCCCUCCUAAACCAGUUUGUAAAGGCUGGAAAAAGCCUCCAAAUGGUUUUGUUAAAAUAAAUGUUGAUGCUGCUGUCGCGAAUGGUUGUGCUGGGUAUGGGGAUAUUGCUAGAGAUCACGAGGGUUUUGUUGUAGGGGGCUGUUAUGGUUAUUUUAAUAAAUCCAUAGAGGCAACUUGGGCGGAGAUGGAGGCGUUGGCUGAAGGUUUGAAGUUGGCAUCUCGGUUAAAUGUGAAAAAGCUCAUGUUGGAAUCAGACAAUGCUAAGGUUGUAAACACGGUCAAAAUGAGAGCCCAGGAUGUUACAAUUUUGGGUUGUUAUGCGAAAACGGUGUGCAUGAAUUUUACAAAUUUUGAUUCGGUCCACAUAAAUUGGAUCGACCGUUGUAGUAAUAAGACCGCUGAUUUACUGUGUAAUCUAGCUAUUAAGAAAAAGUGUAAUUUGUAUUUCAAUAUGGAUUAUCCCUUGGAGGUCCGUAAUUUUGCUAUAAAAUAA